AUGGAGAAAAAAACCAAAGAAGGAAAUCAAAAAGAGGACUUCUUGGUGAGAGUGUCACAGCCUCUUCACCACUGCCUUUCCAUCUUCAAUGGCCGACUACUUCCACUACAUUCCUCAAGAAUGGAAAUCCCAGAACCAGAUCAGGGUCAACGUGUUUCUGUUCCAUCUUCUUCUUCUUCACCAUCUAGCUCACAGGUGCAAGAUGAAGAAAAUAACAGGCCUCAAAAUGGGGAUGAUAUUUCUGAUGAGCAGAGCCAGCACAAUCAUAUUGAACAGCAGCCACAACAACAACAGCACCAGCAGAGGAUUUCUAGGAUUUUUACUUAUCAUGUGAAUUUGUUGGUGUCUGAUGUAGCAGCAUCCGAGAUGAAGGAUGAUGUUUGGUCUUGUCUUGUUGUGCUUGUCACGUUUUGGUUCUUUGCAUCCAUGACUUUGAUACUCGGUUUUUAUGGAUCGGCCGAUUUGAAAUUGGGGCCGAAUUGCUCACUCCUGAUACAACCUAAUCCCUUCUUUGUGCAAUCCAUUAAGGCACAAGAACUUGAUGAGCCAAAACCUGGGCCAAUGUUAUAUGGAUUUCACAAUCCUCCUCCCCUGGAUGUUGAAAUAGCUUGGACUGAAACACAUGAUACACUUGUGCCAGCCAAUUAUCACAAGGAAUGGAUAUACUUUCUAAACAAAGGGUCUAGAAUAGAUAUUUUUUACCGUGUAAAACCUACAAGUUCCUUGCCUUUAACCCUUGUAGUCGCACAAGGUAGUGAAAGCAUGGCUGAGUGGAUAGAGGAUCCAUCAUAUGGUAACGCAACAUUGUCUUGGAAUAUAAUUUAUGAAAGUGGUAAGAUCCAGCAGGAAAUUCCAAAGUCUUCUUAUUAUUAUAUUGCAGUAGGGAACUUGAACCCUGAGUCUGUUGAGGUAGAGUUGGAAUUCAACAUCAAAUCUGUUCAUUAUAACACAACCAAGGCGUAUUACAAAUGCUUCUUAGAUAACCAAUUAUGUAGCUUAAAGCUUUCCCUCUUGGGGGCAAGUGCUGUUGUCAUAACUUCUCCAGGUCCUAAAGAGGGUGUCCCUGACGAUGACUGGUACAUCAGACUCUCUUAUGGACCGCGAUGGGUCAUGUAUUUUCUUGGAUCAGGUGUGAUGACUGUGCUCCUCUUAAUGGCCUUUAGAUUUUGUAACAUAUUCCAAAACCCUAGUGAAGACAGAACAGAAUUUCAAGCAGGGGAGGCAGAAUCCGAACAAACCCCAUUGCUUUCGCCGAAAGAUGACGAUGUUUUGAGUUGGGGUUCAUCUUACGAAUCUGUUUCAAAUAACGAAGAAGAUUUGGAAGAGAGCCUUGAAGUGAGUUCCCUUGUAGGAAAGUCAAUAAAUGAAGGGGAUAACAACAAUACUCGGCGUCUUUGUGUUAUUUGCUUUGAUGGUCCAAGAGAUUGCUUCUUUCUUCCUUGUGGGCACUGUGCUGCCUGUUUUACUUGUGGAACAAGGAUUGCCGAAGAGGCGGGUACUUGUCCCAUAUGCCGCAGAAGGAUGAAGAAAGUGAGGAAGAUCUUUACAGUCUGA